AUGGAGAUGAAAGAAAGUGCAAUCAUACCUGUUCUGAUACUGAUGCUGUUUACGUGGAGUGUAAGCAGCGAUACUUAUUCUGAAUUUGGUGUGACUAAUAUCAAAGAAUCGUCGAAAUUGACGUUGCAGUACACGUGGAUGAUACAUAAUUUCAAAUUGUCUACGAAACCGGAUAAUGACACUUUCUUCCUUCAGUCGCCAGAAUUUGGGCCACCUGGCAAUGAAAGCUUCAAAUGGUUCCUUAGACUUUACCCUGCAAAAUCUAGCGUGGGCAUUUAUCUAAUUAAAAAUAGUUCUAGUACUAUCGCAGUAAAUGAUACAUUUACUAUAGGCUCUAAAAAAAAGUCGUAUGUCGACACUUUUAAAGGAACUAAACCAGAGGGAUGGCCAACGUUUAUGGACCGUUCAGUUGCAAUAAACAGUUGUCUUCCCAAUGGUAGUCUGGUCGUAAAAUGUGAGAUUAGUACUUUAUCCAAUAUUGUCGCAUCUACCGAAAUAAACGUGGAUCCGUACUCCUCAACCAAAAACAAAGUUAACAAGAGCAAACUACCGGACGAGCUUUUGACUCUUCUGGAAGACGAAAAAUUCAGUGAUAUUACUAUUCUCUUAGACGACAACGAGAUUCGAGCACAUAGAAUAAUUUUGGCAUUGCGCAGUCCCGUGUUCGCAUCUUUACUCGAGGAAAAUCGCACUGAAUCGAACUGCAACAGAAAUUCCAGCAUCUUGGAGAUAAAAGAUGUGAAACCGAAGAUAUUUAAAAAGCUACUGCAUUACAUUUACACGGAUAAGGUCGACAGCAUCGACAGCAAGAUUGCUAAGGAUCUUUUAGUAGCGGCGAUCAAGUACGACGUUAAAGGACUAAAGGUGAUAUGCGAGGAAUUUCUCUACAAUAGUAUAAACGUCGACAAUGCCAUAGAAAUACUUGACAUCACUGAUCAAUAUCACAUCCCUGUAUUAAAAUCCCGAGUUAUGAAGUUUGCAGGCGAACAUGCAAUCUUUUUAAUACAUUCGAGUGCAUUCAAAAGUCUGGAACAGUCUAAACUGCAUCUUCUGUAUGAGCUUCUGGUCAGUAUGAUACCGUGCAAGGCAAAUGUUUAG